GAUGUGCUGUUGGUGAAAUGGAAUUUAUUUAUUUCUUAUACCUGAAAUUGGGUCUGAUAUCAGGCCUGAUGAAGUGUGGAUGUAAUUGGAGAAAAGACCAAGUAUGUACUGAGACUGAACUGACAAAUGCAUAUACAUUUUUGGUAAAUUUUCCUGACAGUUUAUCAAUAAAAAUACUAAAGCUUCAGGUUACUCGUUAAAUGGCAACAUUUGGGUUACAGGGGUCUCAUAACUCGUGCGUGACUUUCCACCACUAUUUUUUUUGUUUUGUUUAACUUGAACUAAAAUUUUAAAAUGUAUACUGUCUCAAAAGGACCCAGCAAAAUUGUAGCUAAAACAAGAAGAGGUCUUUCACAGAACUUGGAAAGACUAGAUAGCCGCAAAGACAAUAAUAGGAAGUCUUCAGAGUCUGAUAAUGGAGAAAUUAUGAGUAUGCCCAAACCAGUAUUUCAUUCCAAUGGUAAAAAGACGAUACACCAAAGAAUACAACACCACGUGAUAACUCCACAGCAUGAGGAGCUCAUCAGGUUUAUUAGUGAAACUUGGACACAGUCAGCAUACGGAGAUAGUGAGCCAUCAACACCUACAACCUCAAUUGCAUCUGGCAGCUCAUCGCCUGUGCCCCCCUCCAGCCUGUACUACCAGGACGACCCCAGCCCCGUGCUGCAGGACUUCAAGCCCUUCGACCUGGAGACAUGGUGGGGCAAGCGGCUGUUCCAGAACAUCACAAACUCUCUCUGAGCUGCAUGUGGAUGGAACAUCUUAGUAUGUUAGCGUAAGUCACAAUCAUGUACAGUUUACUAAAUUUUUCUACAAAUUGAUAAUGUUUAAAAGCUCAAGCGGUGCUUGAUAUGUGGUGUGAAAGUCUAUUUAUAGAUCUGAAGUCAUAUGUUCUUGAAGCUUAAGGCUUUCUUGGCCGUAUUUCACUAAACAAAUGCUGCAUGGUUCUUUUCCCCAAUGAUUUUUUUAGUUUUAAAUAUUGGAAAUUGGAUUUUAAAGCUUAGUAAAGCAAUUUGGGCCUAAUAAGGUGAAUAUAGAUAAUAAAUACCUAAUAAAGGACAAAAGGACUAUAUUUGCACUACUAUGGUGAAAUGUGUAAAGAGAAGAUGUAUUGUGAGAUAGUAGACAUGUUUAUAAUAGACUUCCUCAUCACGUAUAUUUCUGCAGAGGGAUUGUAAUAUGUGCUACUUUGCUACAAGUAGCUUUUUAAACGCAUUCAACUUAGUGUAUGGGUUGUCUUAGUGUAAAAGAAGUACAUAUUUAACAACAAAAUAUCAAAAGGAAGAUUGAAUAAUCAUUAUGACAUUGUAUGUAUCAUUAAAUCAUCACAAAUAUUGGUAACUCCGUAUAAGUUGUGAUUGUGCCAUCUGGUUAGGUGUGUAUUUUCCCCAAUUUUUUUUCUUUCCAAAACUUUACAAGAAUAAAAGUGGAAACAUGAAAAAAAGGAAUUCUACUACUAGCAUUAUCUGUAUCCAAUAAAACUGGAUUUAGUAACCUAUACUUGAUUGUGGAUCUCAUUUCAUUAUCGUAAGUGAAAAUUUCCAGAAGCUCAAAUCGUUUGCGACUAGCAUUGUUUUACGAACCAAUAUUUUGUAAGAUUGUUGUAUUGUGUAUUUACGUUCUUAAUGUUUAUAUUGUCUAUGCUAAGUCUGCAAGCUAUGGAAGAGGUAAGGAAUGAAAUCUCCAUGUACCAAAAAGUGUCCAUCAAAAAACCUUAAAUAGGUGGCGCUACAAUACCUAGAAUAUUUGAAAAAAAAAAAACAAAUCAUAGACAGUGCACUUUAUACCGUCAAUAACGUCUAGGUUCUUAGCUACUCUAGCACUACUCUGGAGAGUUUUGGAACUAUUAUUUAUAGCUGACAGCUGGCCACUUGCAACAGUUCUGCCUAUGAAGAACUGUUUUUUUAUCGUAUGACAAAUAUCUAGCCAUACGAUUAAAUAAAUAAACCUCUACCUUCCAUACUGCAAGUCAUAUGCAAUAUCAAGUAUGGCGCGGUUAUACAUUGUCAUUGCCAAGUUGCUGCAGUCUUACCAUAGAGAAACUUUAUAGAGUUGGAUUUUUUUAAUUUUUUUUUAAGACCAGUUUCUAAUUGACAAAUAAAAAAAACAAUUAAAAAAAUGGAAAAUAUUAAAAUUUUAAUUGUAUAUUAAAUGAAAUUGCAUUGAUUGUUUUAACCACGCUUGGAAACAGUGUGGGUGGCAAACUUUACUUUUUGUAAAGACUAAGCUAAUUCUGUUUCUGACCCAUUGGGAAACUAGUCUAUUACAAAAUAAACAAAUUUUUAUAUUGUUUUCAAAAUAUAUCUCUCUCGUCUUAAGCCAAAGUUUUAAUUGCAGUUUUCGCAACUAGCCUCAUUUUGUGGCCAUUUAAAUAUUAAGUUAGUAAACUACAUUAAAUAUUUCUCUCAACCAUCACAAUUGGCUAAGACUAUUAACAAAUUAUUUAAUAUAAUUGUCAGUUAAUAACCAAAUAAAACUUACAAACACCCUAUUUUUACAAGAUUAUACGCAAUGGCUACCCCCAAAACUGGAUAUCCGCAGAAUAUCUACGUGUAACUUUAUCACUCUUGAAAUACACGAGUGACAGAGACGCAAAUACACAAGUUUUGAACUUCGCAAUUGCUCCUCAACCGUAUAAAAGCAGUAAAAUAAUCAAAUACAAGUUUUUUAUAGUAAGAAUUGGUUAUUUAGAGAGUUUUUGUUGUUGCUAACUAAAUCAACUUGAACAUUUAAUCAGUGAUAUGAUUGUAUAAAAGACAAAUUUUCUUACAUUAUUGUUAAUAAUUAUAUAUUAAGUGCCUCUACACAGCAAUAGUUCGAAUAGUUUGAUCUUGAUUAGAAGUGGAUCAACAUGGUCUUGUCAAGAUGUCACUUUGUCACGGUUAUGUCUACUGGGUCACGUUUUAAAACAAAAGUUAUUUUUUUUUUAUAAAAAAAAACCAUGAGACACAGACAUAAUAAAUAUAUUUAAAUGGGUCACUCACGUAUUUAUAAGCCUGCCAACACGUGCUGAAGCUCCACGUUAUGGAACGAAGCAUGUUGAGCAAUUCUCGACUUAAAAAUAUUUGAGUCACUCAUCUUAAUUACUUAAAGGUUUUUUUUUAAUAAAUUCACCAAAAGUUAUCUACUAAGCAUGUUAGGAUUUUUUUUUAACAAACUUUUUCUGUUGUCCCCUGGCUAACGGGAUAGAACAACAUCAAGAAAUUGUCGAUCCACUUUUUAUUAACUUCUCUUCAGCUUUCUAUAUUAAGAUUCGACGUAGAGUGUAGGCAUAUUUUUUAUUUAUAUAUGUAUUUUCUAUCUCCUAUAAUUCCUUGUAUAGAUGUUUCUAUUCUUUAUAAUCUCCUAGAUACAUAAAAAAUAUUUUUGUUCAAAGUAGAUAAUGACUAUGAGAUGGAUGUUAAUUUACAUAUAUUUACUAUUGUUAUAGAUCAGUAUUCAUGUUAUGAUGAUCAUGUUAGCUGUUACACAAUACACCAAAGAUUGAUCAUAAUUCAUAUUGUUACUGUUGUCAGAGAUGAGUUAGUGAUAGUAUGAAGUUGCGUUCCUUCGAAAAAAAGUUUAUUUAGAUGGUGUAACUGUAGCUAGAAGUUAAUCUCAUGAUAUUUUUACAUUUAAAUAGUACUCAGUUACGGAGUUCACUAAUUAAUGUAUAUAUAAAGAUACCUAGGUAACAACACCAUCCAAAUAUAUUUGGCAAAAUGAAUAAAUUAACACCAUUUACCUUUUUAUUUUCUUUCGGAGCUACGCAACUUUGUAAAUAGUCUUUACAGUCUACAACGUUAACUCGUCUGUGCUGUUAGUACCUACAUGGCGGCAGGCCAACAUAUAUUUUUAUUUUAUCUUAUUUUUCUCAUACUGUAUAAGUACAUGUAUGGGUAAAAAUGUCUUCCAGAAUGGUAACUUGAAGAAAAUUCAAAAGGUCAAUACGGGUAACGGCCACUUGCACCAUUCCACUAACCGGUUAAACCGUUAACCCGUGUCAAAUAGUGUUACCAGUAGGUAACCAGGUUUAACCGGUUAACCUCAGGUUAGUGAUUGGUGCAAGUGGUCCUAAGUGUAGCUGGCCUUCACAUUGGGGCCUAUAUACACAUUGAUUUAUUUUUUAUUGUGCGUUAAUACAUCUACUUCUUGCUACUAUAAACACUAUAGUUCGUUUUUUUAGCAUUAGAAAGAAGGUAAGCGAUCUUGACAUGUCUUUUUGUUAAAAAAAAAAAACACUUUUGAAAAGUAAGUCACAGCAAAUAGGUGUAAAGAUCAUAUAUGAUUAGUCACAGUUUUUUGCUUACAUAAUAAACAAAAUUUUUAUAAGCGUUUUAUAAUAAUUUUCAUUAAAAAGACACGUCAAGAUUGUUUACCUUUUUUUCUAAUGCUAAAAACAUGCACUAUAAUCAAUGUGUAAACAGGCCCAACAUGAAGGCUAGUCACACUUGUCCAUAUGCCACACUUACCCGUAUUGACCUUAUUUGCUUUAAGAUGUGUGAUGUGUCUUGAAUAUACCGUUUUACUAAUCUUAUUUAUGAUCGAAACGCAUGCUUUUUAUGGAGCAUCGUUUGUAAUAAACAUAAGUACCGUAAAACCACCUAACCAGGAAUCGGAAACCGGUGUUUUUUCGUUCUUCGAUAGGUAAUUAUUUUGUUUCCAACUAGGCAAUCUAAUAAUAUUUAUAUAAACCGAAAUAUAUGGUUAUUUCGAAGUUUUUGCACAAAGCCGGUUCCGAUCCCCUGGACCCAACUAUAGUCCAGUAAUUCAAGUUAUUUUGGGUUUUUGCUUCCGUUUAUGUAAUUAUUUUGCCAUAGAAUUGCGACCAAGGCUCGGAACCGGUUUUAAAAAUAGCGGUGAAUACCGGUUUUACUCCGAACUUUCGUAAGAACGCGAACAUUUUAAGAACUUUAUUGUAACCUAAAUAAACCGGUUUAUUCGAUGCCGCGUAAACAAAGACACCGACGUAGACACACACAUAGAUAUAUUUGUGAAUUUAUUAAUAAAAUAAAUAGGUAGAAACUGUUUGUUUUGUACUAAUCUGACAAGAACUUAUGGAAAGGGUCUCCUAAAACCGGUUUGAAAAAACGGUUUUACGAACGAAGCCGAGAUUAAAGGGUUUUGCGGCAAGUACAUGAUAACGGUUUAGAAAUUUAACCGGUUUCCGAGUCUUGAGUCUGCGACAUUGAAAUAUUAUGUCAUGCCUUAACGAAUAUAUAGACGAUACCUACUUGACAAUAGUCGGGUGUGUUUGGACUAUGUUUUGGGUCAUUUUACAGUAACGUAAGAGACAAUCACACUAAGAGCCCUUUUUACAAGAUUUUAUCGAAUUCGCAAUUAUUAUUUAAAUCAAAAUUGCAAAAGCCUUAACUUUAUUAAAAUUUAUAUGUUUUUACUCCAAUAUGUAUUUGGAUGCAAUUUGAAAAUUUAUAAGUAAUAUUUUGACAUGAAAUUAUAUUGACUAUCUUUGAAGUUUUGCAUGAUUCCUAAGCCAAUGGGCUAAUACUAUUGUACUUGUAUGUUGUUCCUUAUGAGGACGGGAAAUUAAUGUGAUUUGUAUAUGUCGUCGUUUUCCUUUGCACUGUUGGCAUCAAAGAUCCAGGUUGUCUAGAGCAGAUUUCAGUUUUCAGAAUAACUAAAACAUUUAUUAACAUAUUAUUUAAUUCUAAAAAAAGAAGAUAAAUGUGAAUUUUAUUUAUAGAAAUUUCGUAACUAAUUUUAAACCCCGCGUCUCCCUCGCUCUUCGCGUUAGAAAAUUAUUUCAAUUUUAAGUCAGAAAUCUGCGGCUUGACGUCCUGUAUAAUUGUUUACAAUUUGCACCUUAUGUCAUUGCGAUAAGGAUUUCUUUGACGCAGUGAAUGCUUUUGAUUUUAUACCAAAUACUGAAAUUUAUUCAGAAUACGUAUGACAUUUAACACUGCUUAUAGCAGAAACUAGUAAAUUAGAAAUGACUCGAUCUAAAGUUUUAUAUCACCAUAUUAGGUACUCUAGAGUACAGUCAGCAUCAAUAGUAGCGGAUGAAUGAACGCGCCAUAAAUAUCUGCCACGCUGGAAUACUUUUCCAACUAGGUAUAGAGGCUUGUACUUUUACAGUUAGCGUUCAACAGUAUCUGUUACAUUACAUUUUUUCAAAGAGAAGAUACUUUUGACGCGUAGUCUGAUCCUAUGCUUUUGAUGCUAACUGUACACAGUCCCAUAUAAUUAUUUUCUACCUUUGUAUCAGUUUUUUUUCCUACAUCUUUGGAGAAACAUAUGUUAAUCAAGGCCUGUGCACACCGGGUGCGUGUGCGGAGACGUGCACAUCCGCGUUGUAAUAUACAGAUCCUUAUAAGAGAUGCCACACCGCUUGCGUGACGUGUGCGUGCGCGGCUCAAACAUUAUAGCGCGGUGUGGUCUGGCCUUUAAGCAGUCUUUUCUGCUUGAUGUUUAAUUAACUUUGAAGACUAGUUUCUACUAAGUGGUUACUUGAUUUUAUUUUACAAUAUACUGAAUAACAUAGGCAGGCCAUAAAUAAUUUUUAUUAUUUAUUUAUUUUAUAUCCUAUUGGGUAUGACAGUUGAAUGUGAAAACUUGUUUAAUAUGCUAGGCGGAUCGUAAUCAUCCUCAUUUGUAAAUAAAUCUGAAUCAUGUUUUAUAUAUGAUCUGUACAAAAAUGUAAAUAGGCGAAUCAUAUUCUGUGAACAAUUAUUGGGUUAUGGAAUUUUCAGAAAAAAAUGUAUGCUUUGUAUCUACGUAAACCACCAAAAAUUUUAGUAUUACCACUGCAGCAGAUCCAGAUAUAAUGUUGAUUAUCAUGCAAUCGAGGCCCAAAUAUGGACAGCAUUGAAUGUCCAUUAUUGGGUUACUACACCUCUCGCGUCGAACGAUGGACCCUUUAACAGUUUAUUUUUAUAUGGAAUGUGACAUUUAAAUAAUAAAAAAACAGUAAAAAAAAUAUCCGAUUGUUUUUUAAAUUAAGCCCAACCAAAAGAGACUUGAAGGAACCGUCAUAGGGACCAUUAUUCGACGCGGGAGGUUUAAUUUACGUGCAGCUAAAUAUGGCAAGGAUGUGCUACCAUUUAUGAAAGGCGUCGUUAACUAUUAAUGAUCCAUACAUAAAAGUGCCAUAUACUGUGAAGACACCAAAUUCUAGUAAGAUGACUGAAGUGUGGGCUAUUUACUAUUCGUACUCACAUUAAUUGUGUGAAGAGAUACCUGACCCCCCUUGCAUACUUGCUGACUGUACUAUGCGCAGUUCGACUGUCUCCGGUUAUGACUCAAGUUGCAGCUGUUUAAUUUAUAUAUAUUCAAAUUGUUAAUAUUCUUGUAUUCCUUUCCUUUCAGUAAACUUGUCUUAUUGAAGCCAUAUAUGAAUAACUUGAAAUGUGUGUAAUGUCACAUUAAAAAAAUGUAUGAACUAAUUUUGGAAUAAUCUUUAUUCUAGUUUCUGUAUAGCUAAAGAAAGUGGCAUUUUAACUCCGUCAAAUACCAAGCUUUUGGUUGAAUUAACUCUGGCCAUUACUGGAGCAACGUAAAUGUACCAGUAUAGUACUAAAUGUUCACAAAAUGACGAAGUUAAAGACAGCAAAAUUUAAAAGUGUCCCUGUUUUUGUUAUAGUAAAUAAUUUCGUCAUUAUUAUAAGACAAGUUAUAUGCGUUUUUCGGCCUAAUACAAGUACUUUCGUAAUGUUGUGUUUCGUGUAUAAAUUGCUGUCCAAAGAUUUUUUGAGCCAAUGAUACAGUUAUCGAUAUGGUAACGCACAGUAGGUUGUAGCUGAAUUUUUGUUUCUACGUGAUAUUUUUGAACCGUAGUUGCAGGAGAUAGAAUAUUUUUAGACUGAUUUAGUUAUAAAAAGUUAUGCUUUUUGUUGUAGUUGAAUAAAUUGUUUUAAAUUGA